AUGUGGAACUAUAUUUUUGGCGGCAACAAGCAACAAAAGAAGGAGUUGCCGAAGAAGGCAAUCGUCGAGUUAAGGGAGCACAUCCAGAUGCUCAACAAGAAGCGUAGUCAUCUAGAAUCGCAGAUUGAAGAUCAGGACAAGCUUGCAAGAAAGCAUAUCGCCACAAACAAGGCAUUGGCAAAGAACGCAUUGAAGAGAAAGAAGGGAUAUGAGGGAAACUUGAUGAAGAUAGAGAAUCAGAUUGACUCUUUAGAAACACAGUUGACCGCUAUAGAAGGUGCCAACUUGAACUUGGAGACGAUGAAGGCCAUGAAGCAGGGCGCCCUGGCCAUGAAGCAAAUACACGGCGAGUACGAUGUGGACAAGGUCGAGAAUACUAUGGACGAUAUCCGCGAGCAGGUGGAGUUGGCAGACGAGAUUUCCGAAGCCAUCUCUCGGCCUGUGGGCGGCGAGUAUGUGGACGAGGACGAGUUGGACGAAGAGUUGGCUGCUUUGCAGGAAGAGGAACAGGAAGACAAGCAGAAGAACGCUCCUUCUCGUGUCCCAGCCCAGAAGGCACCAGCUGCGGAAGAGCCGGAGCUUCCAAACUUCCCUACAGUCAACAAGAACAAGCCAGAAGAGGAGGACGAAGACGAAGAGGCAUUGAAGGCUUUGCAAGCCGAGAUGGGUUUGUAA